AUGAGUUCCUCCAAGUCCAGCCAGCCGGCUGUGAAAAACCCUCCAAAGGUACCAUGCACUUUCAAAGACUGUCCCCGAGUCUUCAACUCAGAGUCCGAGAUGCUCGAGCAUAAACAACAGGACAGCAACCAUGCCUACUGCUUCAAAUGCAAAGUGGACUUUCCCAGCCAGGGUGUUCUCUUCAUCCACAAGAUAACAAAUGAUAAGCAUUUCACCUGUCCUCUUUGCAACUUGGACUUUCGCUGCAGUAGUGGACGUGCCCGUCAUAUCCAGCUCAACCACCCUGUCGAACAAAACAUUGACUGUGCAGGAUGCGGCAAGAAGUUCAAGAGUGCUUCUACUUUGAUGAAGCACAUCGAGUACAACGAGUGCCCAAAGAUUAGCAUCGCCCGCAUGCUCCUGGAACAACACCGUCGUGAACAAGUAGCCAACGCCUGGCAGGAAAGGGCUAGAGAGGGUCCUAUGGGCACAAUUGCAGAAAAACCAGUCACUCUAGCUCUUUUGGAUACAGCUUCAUCCGCAUCAACUACUGCUAUCCCUCUGAGCGAUGCACCAAUUCCCAAAGACAACCUCCUCAUAAACAGAAGCAAAGGGGAAGUUCCCCGAGCUCUGAGUGCAGAAGAAACUAGCGGAAGCCCUGGUGAUAAUGAAGCUGGGGGAAUUCUCAUCGAUGUUUCCUGUGACUCGCCCGAGCCAGUGGAAUACCCAUACUUGACGGCUGGCCAGGAGUCAGCUCAGACGGAAGAAAUCAACAAUUCAAAACAAGAAGAGGAAGGCCGUCUCAUCAAAUUACCAACUCCUACACUUGAUCCUAUGGAAUGGCCUUUCAUUCGACGCAAACCCAAGGAACCUAAUAACUGCACUCUUGAAGAUAUCCUGAUGGAGGCAGUAGCAAUAGAUGAAGACGGCCGAAUCAUAAAUCCAGACGCCGAGCUCCCUAAUGGUCCCGCCGAUUUGGUUCGCUUCCAACGAGACGACGAUGAAGAAUCUCUCAGUGGAACUAACCGGGGACCUGCACCGGAUGGCAAUUUCGGUAUCCCCCUUCAGCCUGUAACUGAGUUGCUUCGCCAGCAUUUACCAGACUGGAAUCCGGAGAGAUUCUGGAAUGAGGGAUUGCAAAGAUAUGUCUGUGUGUGCGGCUUUGAAACUAAGCAUGAGCGGGCCUUUGAGUACCAUGUCGCCAUGGAGCGACGAUGGAUCACUGCGACACAAUGUCUUCAAUGUGGCCGCAUCUUCCCUUCUACCACUGCAUUGGUCGCACACAUGGAACAGGUGCGUUCCCGCUGCGCCGUUCGAGAGAACCCGGGCUUCGCACGUUUUCUGGGCGAUAUUACCGGCGGAUUGAUUCAGGUUCGUGGGGCAUUGGAAGAUGGCUCGGAUCGGAUCGUUGCGAGGAAGUUGGAGAAUGCUUCUAUCCGGGAGUGUGAGAAUCUGAUCUUACCUGAUGACAUGCAAGAGGAGCUUAAUCGGUUGAGAAAGGAGUACAUCCGAGGACAUCAUUAA